CAAUUUCCUGCGAGAAAUCCCGUCCAAAAUGAUGGAAUCAACCGUCACCCGCUUGAAGCGAAUGUACCUGUGGCCAACGGCCUCAGUCACCUCAAGAAAACCCGCCUUUUUCCUCAUCACAUUCUCAUGCUUCCUUCUCUACGGGAGCGUGAUGCACCUGAUUGUCAACGACAUCAGCAUGGAGGAAGUGCACGUGAUUGAAACCACCGCUGGCCAGUUCGGCGUCUUGUAUUAUCUAACCCUGUUCACGAUCUACCGCAAAGGCAUUCUCGAAAUCUACGCCGACCUGUCCAACUUCACCAAAUUCGGCAAACCGUACAAUUUCGACAAACGCAACAAGCAGCUGAACCAGUGGUCGCGCUGGUUUUCGGUGGUUUUGUACUUUUUCGUGAUCAGCGUGUUCGCCUGGCCUGGGAUUUUCACGCAGAGUUGUGAGGACCUGAACGUGGCGUUGAACAAAACCGAGGUUUGCGGGGUCGUGUCGCCGGUCUGGCUGCCGUUCAGGUUUGAUUACAAACCGAUGAAGCAGUUUGUGUACUUCUGGCAGAGUUUCUGCUGUUUGUACUCGAAUGGCGGUGCUGGGACCAUCUCUUUUGCCAUGUCGGAGACCAUCGAGCAUUUGAUUCUAAGGGUUGAGGAUUUGAAGAUUCUGUUCCCCAAAAUAGUGGCGGAGCGGUCGCCCGAAGUCAGGAGGAAGAUGUUGGCCAAGUGGGUCGAUUACCACUUGUGGCUCCUUUCCAUCGGGAAGCUUAUGAACGAUACGUACAGGUACUCGUUCUCGGUUAUUGUUUUGUGUGCUGGGACUUUGUUCGGUUGUAUUGGGUACACGGUCAUGAAAAACGCUUCAACUAACUUUAAUUCGUCGUUUAUUUUCUUCGGGUGGAUGGAAUCGGUGUUUGUGAUUUGUGUGUGUGGGCAACGGCUCAUGGACGCUUUCCAUUCUGUUGGUACAACGGUUUACAAUAGUGAGUGGUGCGACACCGACGUUGAUUUCCAAAAAGGGGUAAUUUUGAUUACGAUAAGGGCACAGAAGCCGGUUCGAAUUUACGCUGGGCCGUUUAGUUACGUGUCCCAUUUGCUAAUUUUGACGGUUUUCCAAACAAGUUACUCUUACAUCAACCUGCUUAACGCUAGUUCUUAGUCAGACAACAAAAACCACUGUAUUGCUCUUAAAUUAGUAAAAUAGUUUAUUGCAU